AUGGCUGCAAAAACAUACAACAACUUCACCGUGUCAAGGCCACAGGAAUGGAUAGCACACGUCGAGAUCAAUCGGCCGGAGAAGCUGAAUGCAUUUACGGAGGAAAUGUGGACAACGCUACCAACCGUGUUCGACGAUCUAUCAGAAGACCCGACAGUGCGAGCAAUAGUCUUCUCGGGCGCCGGAGAAAAGGCAUUUUCAGCAGGGCUGGACCUGGCCGCCGCCUCGGUUCCGGGUUCUUUCUUCAACCCUGAGCCAGAGGAUGUCGCCGACGCAGCGAGGUUCGCAGCGAGGGUCAGGAGAUUCGCUUAUAAGUUCCAGGACUGCGUGUCCAGCAUCGAGCGUUGUGAGAAACCUGUGAUCUGUGUCCUGCACGGCGUAUCCAUCGGGAUGGCGAUCGACAUCUCGGUGUGCGCGGACCUGCGAAUCUGCACGUCGGACGUGUCGUUCAGCGUCAAGGAGGUCGACGUCGGCAUCGCCAGCGACGUCAGCACACUGACGCGGCUGCCCAAGGUCGUCGGCUCCUACGCCUGGGUCAAGGACGUGUGCCUGACGGCGCGCACGUUCGGCGCCGAGGAAGCUCUUCGCGUCGGCUUCGUGAACAGCAUCUUUCCAAGCAAAGCCACAGCCGUGCAAGAGGCGAUGCGUGUCGCAGGCGUCAUGGCGAGUAAAUCCCCCGUCGCGAUACAGGCGAUCAAGGAAUUCCUCGACUGGAGUCGAGACCACGAUGUUGCUACAGGUCUCAAGUACACUGCAGUCUACAACGCCGCGGCCGUCAACACCAAAGACGUCCCUACAGCGAUGGCGGCACUACGAGCGCGAAAAGUACCUAGGUUCGAAAAACUGUAG